CUUUUUUGACCGAAGCAGACGGCCGGCUUCUCCAAACGCGUCGUCUGCUACAAAAAAAGUGGGGGACAACGUGUGCAACGUGCGUUAACGACAGGAAACUAGGGCUUGCAGUGUCGGUGUUGUGGCGGUGCUCUUGAUCGUUCUUUCUCCGGCGUUGUGUGCUGUUUGUGGCGAAAGCGCAAAAUGGCGCGCGUGUGAUAUCGUCCGCGUUGGCAGUGUUCCAGCUCUGAAACGUCAACGGACCAACCCUGUGUUCGCGAGUGGCCACCCAUGGACCAACGCCGUCUGCUGCUUUCCCAACGGAGGACGUGUGUUCAGGCCGUACUGAAACGUCUGCUCCCGGGUUUCCCGCGGUGCGCUUUCUUCGUGACCUCCGUGCCGCAUUUUUUCCUCUGUGCUUGAUCAAGGUGAACGAUUAGCUCGGCGUGUAAAUUACAUCGGCUCCCGCUGAACGUCUGUUUCGUAAGACACGGUCACGUUACAGAGACACGUGACAUAAUUUGGUGGUUGUUGUCGAUUUCAGCCCCGUGAGUCACCGAACGUUAUCUGCCUACUUAAUCGCGAGGUAAUCAGGAGUCCUAGCCACCACCGCCUGUCGCGGACGCCAGAAGGGUGUGCUAACAGGGCGGAGCCAUCGCGCUUCGUUGCGCUGGUGGAUAUCAAUUAACUCCGCCUCCGACCUCGGAGACCUGUGGCUUCGCACCGUGUAGCAGGCUUUGGAUUUUUAUUCGUGGUGUUAUGUGCCAACUGAAUCAAUCGCCGUUACUAAUGCAGCAAAAGCGCCGGGUUUAACUUUUUUCAUUUAUUAUUAUUUAUUUAUUUUUUUAACCCGGAGCAAGACGUGUGCUUCGGAAAAAGAUUGGCCUCUUGUCGGGAAGUACCGGAGCUAUUGUCCUGCGAUUAUUUUUCUUCUGUUUGUUUCGACGGAUCCAACCAGCACCGGUGCAAUGUUUUAAAAGAAACCUGCUCGUAACCAUUUCUCAUUUUUCGUCUGGCUCCUCUCGGCGCACGAAACUGUGUACGCGGCCUGCACAAAGCACUCCGAUCAAUCACGACGCGACUAACUGCCGUGACGUCUGGCAUCCGGUACAGAAGAGCGCUGAAAGGGGUUAUGGCACUGCGGGCAGACGUCCAGGCCUCGCGCCCUCUGCCGGCGAUGCCACCACGCUGAUGCCAACCUCGUCAUCGCCUCUGAUGGAAGCGACGCGACUGCUGGACGCCGGCUGCCUGGGACGCCUGGGGCGACCGCUGCCCGGACCGUACGCGCCGUUCGGCACCCCGAUGGCGCCGUACAGCAUGGCCGCCUACCCGCCGCACCACGUGCCCUACUCCAUCGACGGCAUACUGCACGGCUCGCACGCCGCGGCAGCGUCGCACCACGGUGGACCGCUGGGCCUCGUGAUGGCCUCUAGUCCUGGCCACGCGGCCCUGGUGGGGUCCCGGGCGGCCGUGCUGAGCCAUAGGAUUGCGGCGGCUGCCGCUCAACAUCAUCAUCAUCAGGAGGCUCAGCAGCAGCAGCAGCAGCAACACCAGCCGGCCGCCAGGGUACCUUCGCACCGAUCGAAAGCCAAGUCAUCAUCCACGCCGGCAGAGUCAUCCCCACUGUUUCAACUCAUCCAAAACGCAUCUUCAAACUUCAAGGAAAAGUACGCCGCAGAGUCAGACAAAGAUGGCGGCAGCAGCAACGGCGGCAGCGGCAAGCGGCGGCGGACGAGGACCAACUUCAACGGCUGGCAGCUGGAGGAGCUCGAAAAGGCGUUCGAGGCCAGUCACUACCCGGACGUCUUCAUGAGGGAGGCCCUCGCCAUGCGGCUAGACCUCAUCGAGUCACGCGUGCAGGUGUGGUUCCAAAACCGCCGGGCCAAGUGGCGCAAGAAGGAGAACACCAAGAAGGGUCCCGGUCGGCCAGCACACAACGCGCACCCCCAGACCUGCUCGGGCGAACCCAUCCCUCCCGAGGAGAUCGAGCGACGAGAGAGGGAUCGCCGGGAGAAGAAGCUGCGCAAGCAGCUCGAGCGACAGGCCAAGAGGCUGCAGCAGGCGCGCCUCAAGCCUGGCGUGAACCUCGCGAGCCUGCGAGAGACAAUCCAGCAAUCGCUAACGGAACUGUGGAACACCAACCCGACCAAGGAACCACGGGCCCUGGUUGGUCCGGAAACAUUCCGCCUCUUGGAGACUCUGGGCUUCGACGUGCUCGAGGUGCUGUCCCGGGCACGCUUCGAACCACCGAGGCGACAAGACAUGGCUCCACCGUCCAGAUCUUCGGCCGACGACAGCUCCUCGGACGUACCAGCGCACCGUUUCAUGACGCUUCUAACUACGACGACGCCACCUGGCGUGGCCGUCGUCAGUGGCGGCUGCGGCAAUGGAGGAGGCAAGUCGUCUGCCUUCAGCAUCGAGAGCCUUCUGGCGUCUCGAGGAGGCUCGCGGGAACAGACGAAGCACGUGACGCCGCUGCGGCUACCCAUGGCCACGACGACAGCGAGUGGCUUUCCGCUCGUGGUCCAGCAACCUAUGGGAUUUUUGGUGCGCCCCGAACUGCAGGAACGCGGCGACGACGAUGACGCCAGUGCGGAGCGAGUCUAUCAGCAGCGUCGGCAGCAGCAGGACUGCUGCAGCUCGGCCGAGGACGACUUCAGCGAUCCGGACGUCACUGGCUGCGACGAGGACUCUGCCUCCCAGGCGGACAGACGACAAAGAAGACAGCGGCAAGACGACGAUGACGUCAGUGUUGGUGGCAAUGACGUUCGCGUUGACGACAUGAGUGACGUGGCGUUGCGCGAGGGACGGAACAGGGACGCGUCUGAUGACGAAUCGGUGUCCGUCCACGUAGCAGACGACGACGAAGGUGCGGACGGUGACGACGAAAGAGAUGCGUGGUAACGGUGACAGAACCACAGUAACACGCACAACACAACGACGAUGCACUAUUCUCUGAGCAGCGCAAAGAAUAUUGGUUUGUGAAACACUCACUUCAGCGAAUGCUUUUUUAUAUCGAAGUCCAAGGAUAAAUUUCUAAACAUUGA